AGUCGUUUGACAUCCGUUGCCCGUAUCUGACUGAAUGGGUGUACUUGGUGUAUUAUCACACUUUCUCAUGUAAAAAAAGUUUGGUUUUUUGGUAAAUAAAAACCUAAUGACCGAAUAUUCAUCAUGGUAUGCAUAUAGUUUGAUCGUUUGUAAUACAUGAUUCAGAGUUAUUGAAUUUCUGGCUUACGGUAUACACAUUUCACAUCGCCAUCGGUGUUAUUAUUGUGAACAAUUUAUCCCGUUUUAGUACGAUAUAAAAAAAUGGUUCAUCUCGGCGAUACUUUAAAUUAAAGUGAAUUUUUCUAGUGAAAUUUAAAAUUUAUUGGAAAAAAAGGUUCUGUAGAGGCAAAAGUUGUUUGAUCGAUGAUUUGUAAGUGGUGCUGACAAUCGGAUUACAAUUUUUUUUCGCACUUGAACAUUCGGUGAAAGGUUUGGAUAAAAAGGCUUCAAAACGUGGUCGGAAUUUAAGAAAAAUAUACAGUCCCUAUGGGUGACUUCAUGGUGCAGUUCCGAAUUUCAACGUAGUAAUAAUCAAAUACCAUCAUCCCCAUGGCCUCAAAAGUAUCAAAUUUCUUCUGGUUCCCAGAGUAGCCAUCGCUUAAUAGCAACGCCAACGGAAGAAAUGGAUGACAUGUUUCUUCAAUGUAAUAAAAAUGCCAUUUACGUAUUGAACACGAGCUACAGAUAUGGGGAACUAGACAUGAUUAACCUAUUUGGCUCACCAGCUGGGAGAGCCAUUAACGAAAUAACAUCAACAAAAACGUGUAACAAUGCAGAAAGUAACAAUAGUUCCGCAAAACCAUCUGCCAAAAAGCAUCUCCAACAACAGCAACAUAAACUUCAUUCAUCACCCCAGUAUAGUUGCAAUAGUCAACAAACUAGUAACACCAUCGAUAAUCGCAGUUUGCAUCAGCAGCAUAACGAAAUUCGAUAUACCGACUGCAGAAAUGGUUCAACAAUAGAAAAAACGACGAGAAAUUUAAUAUUUAAGUCAAAUGUGAUAGCUAAAAAGGCAAAGUUUUGGAAAUUUUUAGAAGAAGACAAGUGGGAUAAGAAUAGUAUAGAAGAUUUAUCGACGUCGAGCAGUGGGAAGAGUAGUUUAGGCAUAUGGCGAAAGCAGAGCAAAAAGUCAAGUAGUGAAUUGUAUCGCGAAGCAGCACAAAUUUUGGGCCUUUCAUGUACGCUGAGUGACAGCUGUCGUUGCUUGGACUGUCAGAGUCGCUACUUUGACUGUGAUGAUUCAGAUACGUGUUCUGAACAAUCAUAUUCUGGCGACGAUGACGAUGAUUUAUACCAACUGAAAGCCAACGAUAAUGGCACCGAACACAAAAAAUCACAUGAACCAUUAAGUCCAACGGAUAAAAUUGGCGAUGAUACGUAAUUAUCUUAUUGUGAAUCACUAAGUGACUUAAGCACCGACGAUGGUAGUGAACGUGACAAGGUGACGUAAAAUGUGUAUAACGACAACCCGAUUUGCCAGUGUGUGCAACAGAACUUAUUUAAAAGAAUUAUUAUUGUACCAAUAAAAAGCCGAACAAAAAGAAAACGUUUCGCUUAAAAAAUAUAAAAAAAUAUCGCUUAUUCACCCCUCCAAUUCGUAACGCAUAAAAUAUAAAAAAGAAGAAGAAAAAAUGGAAGAAAAAACACCUUUUUGUACUUUCUCAACAACCUUAGAGAUAUUAAGGUACCCAUAAUGUGUCAAUAUUUACUUAUUCUUUAUGUACGAAAUGAAGAAAAAAAAACUGAAUUCUCCAACCAAUAAAAAAAUCAAAUUCAGGUUGAUGUACCUAUAAAUUUAACACGAAAACAUUAUACAAUACAUAAACAUCUGAUCAAUGCACAGCAUUAUAUACCUGAAAACGAAAUGUUGCUGAAAAUUGAUGAGUUUUGUCACGUGUUUGUUAUGCUUUUUUUAUUAUUCGUUUUCCAUACACUUGCGUUGUGUAAAAGCUCUGCGCUAUAAAUAUUUAACCGAAAGAAUAAAUAUUUUUUAUGCAAAAAAAUUAAAUGAAAUAAAUUGAUUAUUCGGUUCAAUUGUUAAAAUUAAUAGUUAAAAACACCUUUUUACAGUUUAAAAAAAAAGUCAUGUGGAAACUAACCACUUAUUAACAGCUGGCUGAAUGGUCGCCCUCUGCUUGGGAGGUCAGUAGCUUGUUAGACAAGAAAAUUUCGUAAAUGCAGACAUAAAGUAGCACUGAUUGUAGAUUAAUAAGACUAAAAGCUAAAGAAGCAAGCAAUGCAAACAUGUACUGAGUAACUUAAAUAUGAAAGUCAUACUAACGAAACCCGGCGAAUAAGUUGAAAGCUUGGAAAAGUUCAAAAUGAGCAAGCUUAAAGAUUUGAGAUUUUAACGUAGUGCAGUCUGUCAAUUAUAUCUUUGUUUUUCCUUUGUAAGUGUCCGGCUGCUGUACAAUUUUUACAAUGCAAAAUUUUAAAAGUCUUCAACAGAUUGUUAUCUAUUCGCAUGUUGCUAACAUCCAUGCAUGGGAAAGGCUGUUCUGUCCACUGUUUUUGUUACUAUUUUGUGAAAGUAUGUAGAACCAUCGAAGGAUCGUCUAAAAAUUGUGAGAUGAAAUAACUCAAUAUCUGUUGGAUUCUGGCCUUUACGCUAACAAUUUUACUUCAUCCGUCCUGCUACAUCUUGCUAACAAUCGGGACACUUUUUUAUGUGUAUUCAAAAAACACUGUCAUUACUGCAUUACAUUCAUAUUGCCUUUUGAACAGUGUAUACUAUCCAUAGUUUGUGAUUCUGUUUUAAAGUUAUGGUUGCCACCUAGCGACUUGGAUCAUAAGUGUGGCUGUGUAAGAUUCUAGAACUUCUUCUUAACACUUCAAUUACAAUAUCUUUAAUGACAGAAUUAUGAAUUCUUUACCAAAAUUAGCGAAACUUUUUGGAAAUUUUCCUCUUGCGCCCAUUAGAACUCAAUCACUUUCUUCAAUUUACAUUUGAUUUGGAUGUGUGGUAUAUGGAAGACGUGGUUCAUCAUAACCUUGGUUUUUCUGCAUUUUGCAUCGGAUUCACGAACUGCUGGAUCUACUCUUAUUAGUAUUUUUUAGAACCUUUUCAAUGUAUGACAUAUCUAUGGUAAUUCUGUGAAAUUUGUUGAUCCGAGCCGAAUACGAGGUCAACACCCACACAAAAAGUCAUUUUUCCAUCAUUCGUUUUGAAAUGAAAAUGAAAACGAUGUGGAGAAAGUUUUACACCGUGAACCAAAUUUACCACCUUAAAUACUUUAAAUUCAUACUUUGAACUUCCAGACUACAUUCAUCAUGAAAAAUCGGUAUUCAGUAUGACGGUCUGUUAGCUUAAUCCUUAGUUUGCAUACAAUUAAAAACUUUUCUUAUCAAAAUUCGUCUAUCGACUGCAUAAAUUUGUCUACGUAUACGUACAGUUGGAGGCAGUGUAAAAUAAAUCAAAAAUAUUUCCAGUGAAAUUUAUUUUGAAUCUGAAAACAAUAUGACUGCGAAUAGAAGGCCACUACGAAAUCGUAAACCAACAUAGCAGAUGCCUCAAAAUUUUGGAGCCACAUUGUAACUUACUGAGAGGAAAAUAUGCUAAAUUUUCUACAAAAACAAAACUUUAGCUCCAGUACAGUAAUUAUUUAAAAAUCUGUUAGUCCGCACUUCGUACGGGGUUAAAGGGAAAAUCAACUUUUCGCAAACAAUGUUAAUGAGCUGACGUUUAUUUAUUCAGGUUUGAUAAUUUACUAACAAUUAAUAAAUAAAUGUUAACGAAUAUUGAUCAUCAAUUAGGGCAGUUUGAGCACAAUGGAAAUGUUAUCUGAUACACAACAUGUUCGAGUCUUUAUCUCAAAAGCAUUGUAAGUCAGUGUGUAAGUCUUUUUUUUCAGUAAAUUACCAUUCGUACUCUUUCAAUUUCAAGCUAUAUUUGAAGGACCAUCACUGAUUGCCGAUUGUAGUUAACGAUCAGUAUCAUUUUAUCUAUAUACACACACACUGUGGCAAUGCACCAGCUCGUAGGUACUGCAUUAGUGAAUUGAUGAAUAUUUUAGUUGGCAACAUUAUGGGAGAAAAGUAUUUUUGAAACAGCUCUUGGAGUGCCCAUUCAUUACAAAAAUAAUCCAUUAAGUUUCAGCGAAACAAUGACCAACGUAAAACAAAGCUAUAUCGACGACACUAUACCGGACUAUUAUACAUUUUUGAUAUAAUUUUGCAUAAUUAAAAAGAGCCAUCAUAAAACAGAACAAACAGUGAAUUUCAUUGCUAAAUUACACGGUUGAUUAGAAUAAUAAAUUGGAUAAAAUUUAUGCAUAAUUUUCAAUACAAGCGUUUUGUACAUUUUAUAAAGCAAACUACCUAAAGUGAAAAUCGUAUAAAUUUUAAAUUAAACACAAAGUCUGGCGAAAAGGAGGACGAUACAGUAGCGCGAACAUAUCCCGACAGUUUUGCGUGGAAAUGAGAUAACGUCCCACCAGUAUAGCGUCGGGAGAGAGAUUUGCGCGAAUUUUCUUUCAAUUAACUAUGAGAAAAUUUAAUUGUAAAUUUGGCAGUUUUUUUUAGAUGAAGUUUAUGCACAGCGAAAACACCAUGAACUGUGUCGUUAUGUGUGUAAUAUUACCAAGUUAUUACCAAGAAGAUUACCACUUAAUGAUUUGAAUUUUCAGAAUGUUGAAAGUGAAAAUUCAGUCGCUGAAGAUAAUCGAUUCGUCUAACUCUCUUCGUUGCGAACGCUUCAAUUUGCACACACGUUGAUUUUCUGUAGGUAGUUAUUAUUAAUUAGUUUAACCUACUCAUGAGACGGAAAAGAGCAUAUAAACUUACUGAGCAGACGAUGAACGUUUUAAUUAUUUUAAUAUGAAUUUAUGUUCCAGAAAUUGCAAAGUAAAUGACACACACACAAGAAAAAGAAAAUAUUUUUAGCGUAAAUUAAACUCGAACCAUGUAAAUAAUGUAAUUACGGUGAAAGAUGUUUGUUUAUGGUAAAUUAAAAAUCUAAUUGGAAUAAAUUCUAGUUCAUUGUAAUAAGAGAUAUUGUUAAUGAAAAUUAUGAAUGUUAAUUGUAAUAUAACGAUUUUUAUUUUAAAAUUCAAUUGUUAGUUGAUAUGCUUAGAACGUAAAAGGUCGUCAAACUCGUUCUUUGAUUUAUUUAUUUUUUUGUCCAGUGGAUGUUAUACUGCUAGUGACCGCAGUUGCAUAUUCGUUUUGUUCCAUGACCUGUCCAAUUUCAUUUAAGCGAUGCUAUUUGUUCCAUGGCAUCAGUGAGUUUCGAUUGUCACCCUUUGUGUCAUUUUAUUUGUUAUCGAGAGAUAUUUGGAUGACUGGUAGCACACACUGGACAUAUCUUACUUUUCAGUUCAGAAUGUGAUUUAUGUUGCUUUUGAAACUGUAACACCCAGAUCCAGAAAAUGUUCUUUUCUUAUCAGACAGUACACACAAGAACCAUAACUUUUUGAAAGUUAAAUUUGUUAAUAUCUAAAAAAUGUUGAAAAUAUGAUGAAAACUUUUAUGAGCUAGAUUCGGUAAAGUGUACUCUAAGUCUCCAUUUUUGUUAAGAAACGAUGAGUUUAACGGCCUAUUUCAUUUGCAAAAUCAAAUUAUACUUAAAAUAAAAUCGAAAAUGUUGAUGUAUUUUACUGAAUUUAAGAAAAACUUACGUGCCAAAGAAAAGAAAAAAAUUAAAAUAUU